CGCUCAGGUAGCGGGAGCGCGAGCGGCUGGGCCGGGGCGCGCGGCCGGGCUGCCGUCCUCCCGCACCCCGCCCCGCGCCCGUCCGCUCCGGGGAGCCUGGGGAGGGCGAGCGCGGGCGCCGCCGCCGCCGAGGCUUCCGUCUAGCUCGCUCGCGCAGCGGCGGCGGCAGAGGUCGCGCACAGAUGCGGGUUGGAGCUGCGCGGGGAGGCGGCGGCGGCGGCGGCGGGCAGGAAGCUGCAUGCAUGAGCCCCACAGACUCUUGCAAGCCGGAUGCCCUCUGUGGAUGAAAGAUGUAUCAUGGAAUGAACCCGAGCAAUGGAGAUGGGUUUCUAGAGCAGCAGCAGCCUCCGUCCCCCCAGAGACUCGUGGCCGUGAUCCUCUGGUUUCAGCUGGCGCUGUGUUUCGGCCCUGCACAGCUCACGGGCGGGUUCGACGACCUUGAGGUGUGUGCGGAUCCAGGCAUCCCGGAGAAUGGCAUCCGCACUCCCAGUGCAGGGGUGUUCUUUGAAAGCUCUGUCACCCGGUUUCACUGCCAGGACGGAUUCAAGCUGAAGGGAUCAACCAAGAGACUGUGUAUGAAACAUCUCAAUGGAAGCCUAGGCUGGAUCCCAACUGAGAAGCCCAUUUGUGUGCAAGAAGAUUGCCGUAUCCCACAGAUCGAAGAUGCUGAGAUUCAUAACAAGACAUACAGACAUGGAGAUAAGUUAAUCAUCACCUGUCAUGAAGGGUUCAAGAUUCGAUAUCCUGACCUGUACAACUUGGUCUCAUUAUGUCGUGAUGACGGGACAUGGGACAACCUCCCUAUCUGUCAAGGCUGCCUGAGACCUCUGGCCUCUUCGAAUGGCUAUGUCAACAUCUCCGAGUACCAGACCUCCUUCGCGGUGGGGACCGUCAUCUCCUACCACUGCUUUCCUGGAUUUAAACUCGAGGGGUCGGAGUACCUUGAAUGCUUGCACAACCUUAUCUGGUCGUCCAGCCCACCCCGGUGCCUUGCUCUGGAAGUUUGCCCGCUACCUCCCAUGGUGAGUCACGGCGAUUUCAUCUGCCACCCGCGGCCUUGUGAGCGCUACAACCACGGGACUGUGGUGGAGUUCUACUGCGACCCCGGCUACAGCCUCACCAGUGACUACAAGUACAUCACCUGCCAGUACGGGGAGUGGUUUCCUGCCUACCAGGUGUACUGCAUCAAGUCAGAGCAAACUUGGCCUGGCACUCACGAGACCCUCCUGACCACGUGGAAGAUCGUGGCGUUCACGGCCACCAGCGUGUUGCUGGUGCUGCUGCUCGUCAUUCUGGCCCGAAUGUUCCAGACCAAGUUCAAGGCCCACUUCCCCCCCAGGGGACCCCCCCGGAGUUCCAGCAGCGACCCUGACUUCGUGGUGGUGGACGGGGUGCCCGUCAUGCUCCCGUCCUACGACGAGGCUGUGAGUGGCGGCUUGAGUGCCUUAGGCCCCGGGUACCUGGCCUCCGUGGGCCAGGGCUGCCCCUUGCCCAUAGAUGACCAGAGCCCCCCUGCAUACCCCGGCUCGGGGGACACGGACACAGGCCCCGGGGAGUCAGAAACCUGCGACAGCCUCUCGGGCUCCUCCGAACUGCUCCAGAGUCUUUAUUCGCCCCCCACGUGCCCAGGGGGCCCCCACCCCACUUCCGACCACGCGGACACAGUGUCCAACACGGCGGGGGAGGUGGCAUCCACCAGCCCAGGCAUCGACAUCGCAGAUGAGAUCCCUCUAAUGGAUGAAGAUCCAUAGCCAGGCAGAUUCCCAAUGAUUUCGAUACUCCUUUGUUGAUGGGCACCUUGUGCCCCAGAGUGAGACCACCGAAGGACACAGCCUGGGGAAUGGAGGACGUUUUCUGACAUCUCCAAUGGGGACAGUGACUCACCUGGUUCCACUUGAGACUCAGCAGCGAGGCUUAUGGGUGUUUCAGUGACUGUGCUUUUCAGUGAGACUCAAGGAUUUGCCAAGACCCAGGGACAACAACCAUGAGCCCUUGGACGGUCCCAAAGGAAGGUGUUUGUGUGUCUUGUGCUUCAGAGUAGGGCACCGUUCCAUACACAUCCCACUGAACCCCACACCCCGUUGACUUAUGCUAUGAGUACUAUCUGCCUCCUCUGAAAGCAUGCCACAUUAUGUAAAUUCUCUUCUAAAAUCUGCUUCAAACUGUCUCCGGACUCCAGCUUAGGAUAGAUCAGCCUCUGUGGGAAGUCUGUGUGGAGCUGCUGGGAGAGCAGCAGAGUGACCCCUGCAGGCUGCCCAAGGGCAGGUUCUCCUGCGACCUGGGCAGAGUCGCCCUCCAGCUGGAUGGAGCUGCCAAGAAGGACGGCCAAGAACGACGCAGCAUGUGGCAGUCCAGGCAAGAAAGGAGAGACUCGGGCCCACUCUGAUUUCUGGAGGUCCCCUCAGAAAGUGGAGUUCAUGGACUUGGUGCCGUCCUUUGGUGAAAUGUCAUCAGUAUUUGUAUUCAUGGUCUAGUACUUGGAGCCAAGGCAUCGGAUAAGCCUUGUGACUUUACAGUUGGUCAGAAUGUGUUCAAAUACAUCUCAUGGUGGAGAAAGUAACCGA